UUCAUUCAAAGAUCCCAGCUUUCUGGAGCAGCUCUGCAGAUAUUAAACAUGCCUUAACCCUUGCUGGGCCAGCUGAUGUCAGCACUUCAUUUUGCAAUGGGACAUCUGCGUCUCCUCAAAGACACAAAGGAGUCCCAGGUCUUUCAGCUGAGACAGCAUCUCCUAGAGCUGGUGGGUUCGGACGAAGGCUUGCAGGAGAAGCUGGCAAAGGCGAUCCUUCAAGAGAAGAAGAACUUCAAGAUCAAUAUUCACCUUGCUACAUCGCUCCCCUUGCCUUCAGAGAGGGAUCACCUUCGGCCCAGGAUAGAUCUGAUUGUGUUUAUGUGUGACAUCAAGAGCAAAUACAGCUUGAAGAACGUUGAAGCUUGCCUAGAUCAUGUGGAUGCCAGCUUCUUCUUGGGGAAAGUAUGCUUCCUUGUCACCGGGGUUGGCAGGGUGAAUUACUGCAGUGUAGAGCUGAAUGCCAUCUGGAAACUGGGUGAAGUCUACUGCAGUCCUGUGCUGUUCUGUGAGCUGGAGUUGGAUGGGAUACGAGUUGCCACUGCUCAGCGACUUCUCCGGAUGUUACAGAUCUGUGCUGGUCAUGUACCAGGAGUUUCUGCCUUGUGCUUUGGCUCGCUGAUGAGAAACUCUGCUGAUGACUAGUUUCUCAUUGUGAGAUUUCAGCCACAUUCAUCAGUUUUCUCACUUUGGGCAUUCAAGCUGCUGCAGUUGGAACUGCUUUGGGAAGUUUUUGUUGCCUGGUUUGUCAUAACUGCUCAUCCAGAGCUGCUGCUAAUCGCUCAGGAGAAGUUUAAUGGAUAAUGUAUAGAUGCUGAGGGGUGGUGGGCAGUUUGAACCAGGCAUUCCUUUUCAAUACUGCAUCUGAGUCCCAUUUCGUGUUCAGGUGGGAGUUUCACUCAGUUUGCCAGCAGCUGGGAGUUGUGCUCUACUGAGAACAUCAGAACAGGCCAUUAGCCCAGAUGUCACAUUCACAGUUCCAAAGUCACUGGAGUACUAGAGUAGAGGCAGCAGGCUUAUGCUUUCCUUCAGCUGAAAUACACCUUGGACUAAUGUGAAGCCUUGCUGCCAAGUUUUGUCUCCCUACCAAGAGAAGAAUGGAGAAGGAAGGCUGUCCUGCAGCUUCAAGACAGGCUGCAACUGGCAGUUAAUGAUCCAGCUGUGUGAGCAUCUGCCCAGUAAAGGGCUCAGAAUUUCCAAGCCUGAAUACCUAACUGGGGAGGAAGGGACUAAAGAAGGUUAUCUAGCACUUCAGCUUCCUUUUAGAUAUUUAAAGAAAAACAGCUCCAUCUGUCAAGCCCAGGAUAAAAAGCAACCCUAGUCUGUCAGCCCAGCCCCCCAGGGCUAACCAGAGAUGAAACAGCAGACUGGACUACACAUAGAGAAAACAUCUGUUGUCUCCUCCAGGUUGAGUGUAUGCUGUCUUUAAUUCCUUUACUGACAGAUUCUUCUCAGCAGUAGUUCAUACCUUUAUCCUUCUGCAAGUCAGUAGUGUUGUUUUGGAGUUGUAAGUUAAUAAUGUGUACUGUUUUUAACAAUUAGGUGUAUGCUUUUUGUCUUGGUAGGUGGCACAAGUUCUUAAACCUACGAAUGCCUGCCUCAGUUUACCCUGGCAGCGAGGCUGGUCCUUGGUGGCAGUUUGAACUUCCCAGUUAGCUGGGGAGCUGCAGUCAUGGUUUCAGCCACGUGGUGGUGGCAAAACCUUUCCAUAUGCAAUCUUUGUAUGCUGAGUUGAAUCACCUUCCAGAACAGCGUUGCCUGAAACUGGGACGUUUCUCACGUCAGAAUGGUGUGCCAGGUAGAAAUGAUGCUUAGCAAGAAUGUGUUAAGCUCCCCUCUGGUUUAAUUUAUUUAAUCCCUAAUAGUGUGCUUUACUGUUCCUUGGUGCAGAGCUCUAGCUGCUCGUGCUGCUUUGCUUAGCUUGUUUCUGACAUCUGUCUGAGCAGGAAAGAGCAGAAAGCAGCACUGCAGGCUCAGUCAGCUGUGUGCUGGCAGUCCUUGCAAAGACAGCUCAGCAAGGCACAAAGCCUGUAUCCUUGCUCAGAGGACACACAAAUCCCAGCUCCAGUUGUAUUGUUGCUGGCGGGGGAGGGCUAGGUUGUUUGUCAGCUAGAACAAAAGGAGCUAAACCAUUCAGCUGUGUUAUGGUGCCCAAAAGGGCUGGGCUGGCUAAAACCCAAAGGAGAAAGACAUGUGCAAACUCUUAUGGACGUGUAAGGAGGAUUGGAAGCUUAAUGGGCAUGUCCUACUUUCAGCUAGCUUUAUGAUCCUGAAGACAGUAGCCAGGGCUUUGCCAGCAGAGAGGGGCAACCAUGCUGAGAAGCAAGUUUCUCUGUUGGCUGUGCUGCCUCAGCCUCGCUCUCGCUUUGGGUCCCUCAAAAAUAAACGAGACCAAGGUUUAGAAUAGACUGGUUUCGAUUUGCUCUUGAUGUGCAGGUGCAGUCUGGGGGAGGGAAGGAAGGGCUGCGGCAUGAAAUGAACCAGUCUUUCAUGUCCUCCACAACUGCUCUGAGGUAAGGAGACACUUCCUCUGCUGCUCUCUGCUAGUCUCAGAUAAUGUUUGGACUCUGGUAAAAUCCCUUUGGUCUCAAGAGUGAUUUUUGCUGUGCUUUCUGAACUAGUGAAAAUGAAACUUCCUUUCAUUCACCCAGAAUUCUCUGUAGCAACCCACACGUGCCACUGUCCGUUCUGGCACCUUCAAACACUGAGGGUGGGUUGGUGUGGUGUGGGUUUUUUUUUCCCCCAGUGCUAUGUUUCAGAUACAGUAUUUCCUUCUACUACUUUCAAAGAAGAAAGAUGCUGUUUGUACUUCCUACAGGUGGCCAAAUCCCAGCUGGUACAAAAUAGAAUCUAGUUCCUUAAGAGCAGAAUCUCUCUUCACCUCGAGGCUAAUAUUUUUCUUACUCUUAAGAAAAAGUCUUCACUAGAACUGGCAGGGGAAGUGGAGCGUAUCUAAGAAUAUGACACUGUGUCUUGGGUCCAUCAUGUUUAACAACUGAAAGUAGUUGGGACACAUCUAAAGCUACAGCUUCAGCUAUGUAAAUACCUCUAGGAACUGUCAGCUAUUAGUUUAGACAGCCCAUAACUCUGCCCCUACCAGAGAAGACGAGGCAGCUGAGGAUGUCUUUUGUCUGGAUGGAGUAGCCAGGGCUGAUGUUUGAUAAAGGUCUUGUGAAAGUAGUACUUGGAUUGGGAUCAGAGACAUGGAAGGCCUGGAGCUGAAUUAAAGCUAGUGACUUGGGUUCCAUUGGGUUGAGAUGUUGCAAGAGAGCUUGCUAAGCUGACUGGAAUCGAACCUAGCUGAAAUAUUUUGGAGCUGUGUGCUUUCUCUUCCAAGCUCUGUUGCCUCAGCAGACUCUCCCUGUGGAGAUUUACAAAUCCAGAUCCCUCACUCUGUGGCAGAAAUACCCCAGGAGUGUUGCUGGUCUGACUUCUUCAGUUUGUGGACAUGCUUUUGUUUGUCAUCUGUGUCAGCAAAAUUAGUGUAAAAGUGAUUUGAUUGGUGUAGAAGACUUUGUACCAAUUGCACUGAUGUGAGCUUUGGUCAUGCAGUGGGGUUUUUUGAGUGGAACUGAAAGAGGCUGUAGUAAGGGCUCUUCUGCUACAGCAGAUUGACCUGUGGGGUUUUACAUACAGCCCAGUCACAUAAAAAAUGUUUGUAUCCUUAGCCUGCUAGCUGAGCUGCUUGUGAAGCUGAUCUGUGAGACAUUUCAGCACAGAUCAGCUUGCUUGGCAUUACCUGUUGGGAUUAUGGCUGUCUGCCAGUCCAGGUUUUCCAAGGGAAGGGUUUGGGGCGUGUUUUGCUGGUUUUGUCAUACCAAAUUUUUAAGUGUGAUAACUUAGUCUAUGCUAACAGGAGAGAAAAGUCUGUGUACUGGUAUGGUCCCUAUAGUGAAAAGGUCUCUCUGCCUUGCAACAAAGAUCAGAGCUAAACCCAGCCCUGGGGUUUUAUUUGUUCCUCCAAAUCUUGAAACUAGUAGUAGAGGUUUACAUUCAAGGCCAUCUCUAAUAUUAGCUUUGGAGACUGGUUAGAAGGAUAUCUGUACUUGCCAAGAUCUGUGGUUCAGAGGGGCUGGCUGGGUUAGUUCAGCGGUGGCAGUCAUGCUUUUAACAGCUGCAUAGUAGCUCUUGUGACUGCUAUCCACAGGAGCAAUGGAGAAGAAGGGACUGCUGCUGCUGGGGGCUGCCCUGCGGAGCUGUGGCUGAAGUACCUGCUCUACUGGUAAAAGCAAAGGAGCUGCUUUCUUCUGUGGGGUUUUUAACUUGUCUUGAUUUUGCAGGAGCACUGGGCUUUGCUCUGGCCACAUUCCAGCUGCUCUUUCUGUUCAGCUGGCCCAGAUCCCCUGGCAGUCUCCUCUGCACACUGAGUGUUCUCCACUUCCCACCCUGAGCUCAUGUGCAGUGUUGCUGUGGGCAGCUGAACAACUGCCACUUCCCAUUCAGUGACCAGCUGUCCUUCACUGGUGGAGAAAAAGUGAUUUAUAUGCAGGGGAAGGCAGUAGCUGGCACAUCCCAGAGCUGGGAGCCAGAAAUGCUGGGCUCGUUUUGCCUGUGUGGCUGAUUUCUUGUGUGACCCUGAGCAUGUGUGUUAAAAUGCACUGUGCCUCAGUUGCCUUUGCAGCAGGAGCUGCCUCCACUGGAGGGGUGUGAUGAGGGCAAACUGAUGUCACUUUGGGGACACGAAUUCGGAAUUGAAUGGAAAUGUUCAGAAUAAACUUUUUCCUAAUUAGA